AUGAUCUUUUCAACACUUUUAUUCGCUUUUGGAAAAAGUUAUCUUAUUUUGUUUUUGGCGAGGGCUGUUCAGGGGAUUGGAUCAGCUUGUGCAGCGACGGGAGGAAUGGGUAUGCUGGCUCAACAGUAUUCUGAUGACAAGCAACGAGCUCGUUACAUGGGAAUAGCGAUGGGUGGAAUGGCGUUAGGUCUUUUAAUCGGUGCUCCGUAUGGCGGUGCAAUGUAUGACAUUUUUCAUGGGAAAGAAAUCUGUUUCUUGAUCUUGGCUGGAUUGGGCGUGCUUGGAGUUGGUCUACAAUUGCUCGUUUUGCCACCAAAACUCGAAUUUCACGAGCACACAAGUGAGAGCACAUCAAUGCGCAAAUUGCUUAUGGAUCCAAGGAUUUUGAUUGCAGCUGGCUCAAUUUUUGUGGGCAAUUUGGGACUGGGAGUGCUGAGUCCGGGGCUUCAACUGUGGAUGGUUGACAAGUGGAAUUCGUCGGCUUUUGAACUUGGUGUUGUCUUCUUUCCCUCCUCAUUGGCCUAUCUCAUUGGCACAACAUUUGUCCCGAGCAUCUCAAUCAAGCUUGGAAGAUGGCGUUGCGUUCUUUUCGCUCUCCCAAUCAUUGCCAUUUGUCUCUCUUUUGUCUCUUUUGCACCAGCGAUCUUCUGGCUUUUCAUCCCAAUUACAGUAAUCGGGAUUUGCAUUUCCUUUAUCGACUCAGCAAUGAUCCCGUUAAUAACCCAUAUGGCCUACAUAAAGCAUAAAGAUGAAACAAACGCCUAUGCAAUCAGUGAUGCCGGAUUGAGUAUUGCGUUCUUUAUCGCACCGUUUGCUUCGGGUCCUUUAGUGCAAACAAUCGGUUUUCAAUGGACAACCUGGGCUUUCGCAAUUGGUAUUCUGUGUUUUGCUCCUUUAGCUUUACUCUUGCGAAAGCCUUCAAAAGGAGAGCGAUUACAGGAAACUUCAAUUACUUCAAGUGUUACCAAAAUG